ACUAAGGCCCGGACUUACGCGCGCCGGUGCCAUGUGCGAACAGCCGCCGGAAGAAGCGGCCGCUGGUGCGCUGGAGCGCUUUCUGCAGCUGCACCCGAGCUUACGCGUCGUCCCUCCGGGGAAGAAGGUCCGAUGCACGUUGACAGGCCAUGAGCUGCCGUACCGUUUGCCAGAGCUCCAAGCUUACACCAGCGGCAAGAAGUAUUUGAGGCUGAGCAAGAUCCCAGAGGUUUUGGACUACAGCGAGUACGAGCCGCACAUUGUACCCAGUACCAAAAACCCCCAUCAGCUGUUCUGCAAGCUCACCCUACGGCAUAUCAACAGGAUUCCAGAGCACGUCCUCCGUCACGUCAGAGGCCAGCGCUAUCAAAAGGCGUUGAACAGGUAUGAAGCCUGUCAGAAAGAGGGUGUGGAGUUUGUCCCAGCUUGUCUCCUCCAGAAGCGGCGGCAGCGGAGACAGCAGCAGCAUGACGAUAUGCCGGGCGGGAGCAGGCAGCCUCAGCGGAAGGGGGGAUUUUGGGAGCCUCCACCCAGCGAUGAGGAGGGAGAGGAGUCCAACGACAGCAUGAGUGACUUGUACCCAUCUGAACUCUUCCCAGAAAAAAGUCCGGCGGGCAAGGAAAGCGGCAACGAAUUUAUGUCGGACAGUGAUGAAGAGGUAGCGAAGCCAGCGACGGAGAACGGUGGCUUGAACGGAGAGGGGAGCGAGGCGAUGGACGUUGAUCCGCAAGUGGGCACUAAGAGAGGAAAGAAGCAAGCAGGCUCUCUCAAGAAGAAGUUCAAAAGUUGGAAUAGGAAACCCAAAAGCUUCGGGAAACCUGUCAGCGGGAAGUAGACAAUUCUCACAUGACAAACCCCUGUUGACUGUGCGAGAGGGCUAGAGCACAGGAAGAUUGGAGUUUAUUUUGAUUGCUGCGUUUGCUUUCGGUGAAAUCUUCGUUCGCUUUGGAAAACCAGAAUAAAUGGAGUUGUAUUUGAUUUAUAAAAACCAUGACAGCA